AUGCGCAUACAUUCAAUGUCACGGAUUACUAUGGCUCGAGGGACACAUUACGCGUUUGGCUGUGGCAAGCUUUUUUUGGUCGACGGCAAGGAGUAUCAUUUGGAGGGACAGCCGCUGAACGAAGGGAGGACGUUGGUCAGUGGGGUGGAAAAAGGGAUCCGUUUUAUCGAGCGCUCUGGUGGCAGUAUCAUCCCAGCUCUUGUCGUUGAUCGUAAAGCCUUUUUUAUUACUUUCGGCCUUAAAAAACUAGUUCUCGUAAACUCUGACCAAAAAUGGCGCGGACGAUUAAUUCCCCGCUUAACGCGCAGUCUGUUCUUCGAAUUUGUGCACAAAAUAAGUGAUCUCAUACGAGAUUUUCGACUGGAACAUUUGAGUUGCUCAAAUCGGGCCUUUUUGGCGUCUGGAUUAUCCGAUAUACCGACUGCUGAUAUUAGAGGAGACUGGCCUGCUGUGCGAUUGGUGAAAAAGGGCGUCACAACAUAUUUCCCGAUUGAAAUCCUGCGUGUGGCUCCAUGUCAACGAGUGCCAUUAAAUAAGCAGACGCCAACCCAAAUGAAGAAUGCAAUCAAGUCUGUGCAUUACAAUCCGUUUAUGGCGGCUUUUGGUGUGCGCAUAAGCUCAGCUUCACUCACUGUAAGUCAGAAUUUUUCAAAAUUUUCAGAUUAUUAUAAAGCGGUCCGUUCUGUUAUUAUGAAACUGCAGUUCGUCAGAGGCCAUCGACGAGCUGCACCAAAAAUCAAAUAUUCGGACAUGCAGGACAAGCACGCCAUCAUCGACAUUGAUGCAGAAAACGUUGGUUGUAAAGACUUGGUUUUCUUCAAAAAACCGAACUGUUUGCGAAACUGUUUAGUUGUUGCAGGCGAACUGGCCAAUGUUGGAAAAGGAGUAUUUGAUUGGAGCUCGGCUGCAGUGCUGGUUCAUUAUUUAGGACGAGCAGAAGGACGAAAGAAUGAUUAUGUAAGUCGAUCCUCAAAAUGUGUUGGGAUUGUUUUUUGGUGCGGCCAUCUGCUGGCCACAGAAAACUUAGUUGCUCUCAUUAAGUGA